AUUGCCCUGACUUUAAUCAGAUCAGACUUCAGCUCGGAGCCACAUGCAGCCAGUUCUCAACAGGUGAAGGCUUUUUUUGCAUGGGAAACUGAAAACUACAGACUGGUCGUAAGGGAUGGGCCUCCUCAAUGCUACUCACCUCUCCUCCAACCAAUCAGACUUCAGCAGCGUCUUCACCCACCAGGUGCUGCCUCCGCUCUACUUUGUGACGUGCAUUGUGGGCGUGUCCCUGAAUGGCGUCGCAGCCUGCAUCUUUUUCAGGGUGCCCAGCGACUCGGGUCUGGUGGUCUACCUGAAGAACAUGGUAGUGGCCGACCUCCUCAUGGCCGCCACCUUCCCCUUCAGGUUGGCAGCUGCUCUGGGUCUGGGUGGCUGGCGCCUCCACGUGGUCAUGUGUCGCUACACGGCCGUUCUCUUCUACUCCUCCAUGUACGUCGGGAUCCUCUUCAUGGGCCUCAUCAGCCUCGAGCGCUACGUCAAGAUUGUUCGACACUGUUCCUCUGCACCCUCCUCCUGCAGGUCCAGAAUGGGCCCAGUGUCACAACUGCACCUGCUGCAGAGUGUUGGAUCUGCCCGGGUUCUGGCGCUGCUCACCUGGGGGGUCCUCCUCCUCUCGGUGCUGCCCAAUGUUGUGCUGACUAGCCGCUUGGCCACUGAGGAGAAUGCCCUGCACUGCAUGAAGCUGAAGACGCCUCUGGGGGUGCAGUGGCACAGAGUGUCCACCUUCUUCAACGUGGCGCUGUUCUGGGUGACGCUGGUGGUCCUGUGCUUCUGCUACACCUCCAUUGCCCGCCAGGUGUACCGGUCCUACCGCCGCGUUCGCCGCAACAACAACGAUGCCUGCCGCAAGUCCAACCGCAGCAUCUUCAGCCUGCUGGCAGUGUUCUUCAUCUGCUUUGUGCCGUACCACGUCUGCCGCGUGCCCUACACACUGAGCCAGAUGCCGUGGUCCGGCUUCAGCGGGGACACACGCUUCCUGCUGUUCCAGCUGAAAGAGGCCACGCUGUACUUGUCGGCGCUGAACAUCUGCCUCGACCCCAUCAUCUACUUCCUGAUGUGUCGAACCUUCAGAGAAUCGCUGCUCAGGAAACUGUCAGGAAGAGACAGGAGGAGGUCCCUUACCACUGCCCAGAGCCUGAGCAACAUUUAGGAGAGAGGAGAGGAGGCAAGGAAGGAGACACAAAGGAAAAGAGGAUGCUUGAUUGCUGCCCAGAGCCUGAGCAACAUUUAGGAGAGAGGAGAGGAGGCAAGGAAGGAGACACAAAGGAAAAGAAGAUGCUUGAUCACUGCCCAGAGCCUGAGCAACAUUUUAGAGAAGCUUUGACAAGAAUAAGGGAAGGAAGUAAGGAAGAGACUCAUCUUCUUUUCCUUUAUAAAGAACGAGACAAAGGCCAGAACUAAAUGUUUUAGGAAAUGUAACCUUGUCGCUGAGCUUUAAUUGAAGUUUAUUAGUUGCCAUGGAAACAUGAAUGUAAAGACUUUUGCAGAUUGUUUCCAACCAAAAGUGAACCUGUUUCUGUGAACAGCUGUAGCAGUUUUAUUUUUUCACAAAUUUAGAAAUGUUCAUGAAUGUAAAACUGCACUUGAAAACAGAUAAAUAAUAAAUGAAUGUCAUUA